AUGUCUUCUUUAGGGUCGGGUCCACAGCAGGAUUUAUUUCUGCGUCAAGGAAGAUUACAGCUAAUAGGAUUUGCUUCUUGGAGGCUGUUGGCAUGUUUGGUGCAAACCCUGCACAGUGCUUUCUUAAAGGAGAAUAUGGACCCCAUUUGUCAUGUUUUCCUUCUUCUUCUGGCCUUGCACAGGAUAAACCCAGCUGUUUCAUCUUGUGUCACAGGAUGCUCUUGUUCUCAAGACAGCUUUGGAAGGAGUUUGCUCUGCAUGUCUGCACUGCUGAGGCAGAUCCCUGCAAACAUCCCUCAGGACAUGCGGAAAAUUAGAAUAGAAAAUUCUCACCUAACAGAAUUACCUCGCGGGUCUUUUGAGAACAUUAGUGCCUUAGAGUAUCUCUGGCUCAAUUUUAACAACAUCACGGUGAUGCACAUCAAGAGCCUGGAAUAUCUGCCGGCAUUAAAGGAGCUGCGCUUGCAAGGGAACAAGUUAAGUUCGGUGCCAUGGACAGCCUUUCAAGACACCCCGGCUCUGAAAAUCCUGGAUCUGAAGCACAACCGGCUGGAUGUCCUUCCAGAACAUGCACUCCGCUAUCUGCCCAACCUGACCUAUUUAGAUCUAUCCUCAAAUCAGCUUACCGUCAUAUCCAGGGAUGUCUUCUAUAGCUGGCCCGUCUACCAGCACAGCCAGAGGGCGGAGGGGCAGAUAGAAGCUAUUUCCAACGCCGUCUUGGCCCUUCAUGACAACCCCUGGAUUUGCGACUGUCGCCUGCGGGGAUUUGUCCAGUUUAUCAAAUCGGUUGGCCCACCUAUUAUUCUCAUGAAUUCCUAUUUAACGUGUUCAAGCCCGAAAUUCAGGGCAGGGAAGUUUUUUCAUGAAGUGGAGCUCAACAGCUGCAUGAAGCCCCAGACCUCAGCCCUUGACACCAACCUGACAGUCCCGGUGGGGCUAAAUGUCACUCUGACCUGCUUUGUGCAAGCCAGCCCUUCCCCGGCUGUCUGGUGGACCUAUGCACUCAAACUUUUAAGAGCAUUUAAUGUGUCCACCGAGCACAUCAGCGAGGAGACUGUCCGCUCAGAGCUGCUGAUCCCGGCGGCACGGCCAGCGGACACCGGCAACUACACCUGCACGGCCGCCAACUUCCUGGGCAACAGCUCGGCGGCCAUCACCCUGCGGGUGGGGGCCCCGUGGGCGUCUCCCACCCCCCCAGACUGGGCCCCCAUGGCCCCUGCUGAGCCAGGUGCCCACGUGGAGGUGCGCAUCGCCAAGCAGACAGUCUAUGGCAUCACCCUGGAGUGUUACAAAUUGCGAAGAAACCUGAACAUCACAGAGCUCCAGGGUUCGGCUGCAGGGACGGGGGAGGCCGGGUAUUGCAGCACAUGUGACGGGGGUCUGGAGCGGUGA